AAAAAGAAAACGUAGCAUUGAUAGUAUCAUUGAAGCUCCAAAAGAAGAUGUACAAAGAAAGACAAGAGGCAGAGUCAGUUUAUUUCAGUUGGUUAGCUAACAAUAACUGAGCUAAAUUCUAAAGAUGCUGCUUUUGCUCUUCGGUUUUCCAGCUCUCCUUCUCUUCUUUGUUUUUCUCUAUAAGUUCCUCACUUCUGAUGGGGACUUCACGUUGAUAUCUAAGAAGCACGUAAGACGUGAAGAAAUUGAGGAUAAGGUUGUUUGGAUUACUGGAGCCAGCCGGGGGAUAGGUGAGAUCCUUGCUAAACAAUUGGCAAGUUUAGGCGCCAAACUCAUUCUUUCUUCAAGGAAUGAGGCUGAACUAGAGCGAGUUAAGAAUCAACUUAAAGGUAAGCAUGCACCUGAUGAGGUAAAGAUUUUACCUCUGGAUUUGGCAUCUGGUGAAGACUCACUUAAAGAGGCUGUAGAGAAAGCGGAGUCCUUUUUCUCUGGAGCUGGUAUUGAUUAUAUGAUCCAUAAUGCAGCCUAUGAGCGCCCCAAAUCAACAGCUCUGGAUACAACUGAGGAAAGUCUUAAGGCAACAUUCAACAUUAAUGUUCUGGGGACAUUAUCUCUUACACGGCUACUGGCACCCUUUAUGCUGAAACGAGGCAGAGGCCAUUUUGUUGUGAUGAGCAGUGCCGCAGGGAAAGUACCUGCGCCAGGUCAGGCUGUGUACUCUGCUUCUAAAUUUGCUCUUAAUGGGUAUUUUCAAUCCUUGCGUUCUGAGCUCUACCAAAAAGGAAUUAGGGUGACCAUUGUUUGUCCUGGGCCAGUAGACACAUCAAACGGCUAUGGAGUAGCAACCUCAGAAAGGAAGAGUUCUGAAAAGCGCGUAUCUUCAGAAAGGUGUGCAGAACUGACAAUUAUUGCUGCAACCCAUGGUUUGAAGGAAGCUUGGAUAUCAUACCAGCCUGUACUAGCAGUUAUGUAUUUAGUGCAAUACAUGCCAAGCAUUGGCUACUGGCUCAUGGACAAGAUUGGGGGAAAGCGAGUCGAAGUUGCUGAAAAGAAAGGAGACACGUACUCAUGGAACUUAUUAUUUGGAAAGAAGAAAGCAACCUGAAUUUCACCUGUCCUUCCACAGCUCAUGUUAUGCAGAAAAGAAGUCCUUGACAUGACUUCUUUUUCUUUUUUUGCCAAUAGGAAAUAUGCCAAGUUUCAUUUAGAAGACAAGAAACAACACAACAUUACAUAAGACGCCACUGUAAUUGGGCUUGGGGCUUGGUGCUUAUUUGUCAUUGUAUCAGAAAGGCUAUCACCUCGAAUAACAGAAAACGUAUCCUCCGUUUUAGUGUCUCUUCCCAUCAUCAGAUGUACUGUUUUUGUAGGUUAUACCAGCUUGUUCUCACUUGGAAUUAGUGGCAUGGUGUUUCUGCCAGGAAUUUGUAAAUAGUUCUGUUGAAAGAGCAUUGUUGCAUCCAUUUCACUCUGAAUGCAACUGCGAUGAAAUGCCAGCUUCAAUUUUAUAUUAA